AUGGGGUGCGGAAACUCUCUUACCGAUGACUUAAAGCUUAUGGUCAAUAAUCCCCGAUAUAGCGACAUAAAAUUAAUAUGCAAAAAUGAUUCGAUCCUUUACGGCAACCGUACAAUCCUUAUCGCUCGUUCUGAAGUGUUUAAAAAGAUGCUAUCUAUGGAAACAGCAAAUAAUAUAUUAUUUUUGAAUUUUGACGCAUCACAUAUAGAAAUUAUUCUCGAAUACUUAUAUACAGGGUCAAUUUCGGAGAAAAUCACGAUCGAGAAUACUUUUGGAGUCUUCAAUGCAGCGAAAUUCUUCAAAUUAAAGAAACUCCAAGUUCUUGUCUCGGAAUUUUCUAAAAAAAUGAAUGAACAUGAAACCCAAUUUCCCGAAUUAUCAUCUAAGGCAGAUAAUGACACUAUUAAUUAUUUAAUAGAUUCUAUGGUCAAGGUUUCUUGGGGCUCUAUUGAAUUUGAUAUAUUGUCGCUCCAAGAUCUUCAAUAUUUAUUAUCAAAGAGGGAUAAAAGGAGAAUAUCUGAAUCUAGCGAAUAUUCUGUCUUACGAUUUGCAAUUUUGUCGGCUGCGAACAAAAUAUCUCAAGAAGCAUUUUUUAUUUUAGAGAAAAGAUUACCGCCAUGGAAGAAAAUAAAUCAAGAGAUUAACAAUAAUUAUUUUAUAGAGAUUAAGAACAAUUAUUUGAUAGAGAUUAACAACAAUCAUUUGAUAGAGAAAGAGCUUAGCACGUCAAUUGCAGAUUCCAUAAACCCGAUUACAGAGUAUAUUGAUUUUAGAAGAAUUGAUGGAGUUAUUCUUAAAAAAGUUAUCGAACCAUUGAAUAUUGCCCCAGGCGAAAAAAUCUCAGACGCAUAUCGAUUUCAAGUCAGUGAAAAACCAUCAUCCUCUGUAUUAUAUAUAAUAAUUAUAUUUUGUACAUUAUUUGUGGUUAUGAGUAUUUUGUCUUCGGAUAUGAAUACUCCUCAAAAUGGAAGGCCCUCAGGUCGGCGUUUAUGA